AUGCGCUUCCAGGCGGCCCUGUCACUCCUUUUCACUCUCGGUGCUGCCGCGGAGGAGCUUGAGCAGAAACCGAGUUCCCAAUGCAAAUGCGUCCCUGGCAGUGACUGCUGGCCCAGCCUGUGCGAAUGGCAGACCUUUCGCAGGCAGCUGGGCUGGGGCAAGCUCAUCAAGACGCGCCCCGUUGCUGAGUCGUGCUACGACGGACCUCGUAAGGAUCUGGGCCAGUGCGCCUACGUGGCCAAGAUGUGGUCGGACCAGGACUUCCAGACCAGCAACCCGGUCGGCAGGCCGUAUCCCUACAACAUCACCUGCGCUCCCGUGGACUACGCCGCCGGACAGACUCCCACAUCGUGCAUCCUUGGCUCUCUUCCCGUCUACGCUGUGAAUGCCACCACCAGGAAGGACAUUUCCGCUACGCUCGAGUUCGCCAAGAAGAACAACGUCCGUCUCGUCAUUGCGAGCACGGGACACGACCUCCUGGGCCGCUCGGAUGGCUAUGGCGGUCUCGAGCUCUGGCUGCGCCACUUCCGCAACGGCAUCUACUUCCAGAAGACGUUCCAGUCGGCAACAAAGUGCACCAAGUCCGGUUGGACAGGCAGCGCUCUGCACGUCGACGGCGCCUGGCAGUGGCGUGACGUCUACAAGGUUGCCGAGGCAAACAACGUUAUCGCCGUCGGCGGUGGUGCGCUCUCUCCUGGUGCCAUCGGCGGAUGGCCGUCCGGCGGCGGUCAUGGUCCCGCCACGCGGAACUACGGCCUAGGCGCCGACCAGAUCCUCGAGGCUGAGGUGAUGCUUGCCGAUGGGAAGAUCGUCACGGCAAACCACUGCGAGAAUCCCGACCUGUUCCGCGCCCUCCGCGGCGGCGGCCCCGGCUACGGCAUCGUCCUGAGCCAGCACAUCAAGGCCCACCCCAAUGUGAACGUUGUCACGACCCAUCGGCUCGCCAUCGCUCCGUUCGAGCAGACUCCUGAGAAUGCGGACCUUCUCGAUGCCGUCGCGGUCAUCCUCCAGCAACUCCCCGAUCUCAACGACAAGGGAUACGCCGGGUACGGCUAUUGGUUCCGCAACUUCCCCACUGUCUUUGUCGGCAACGCUCAUUCUGGCUACACUCAUGGCUUCUGGACCAUCGGCAAGGGCAAAGCCGAGGCCGAGGCCGCCAUGAACAAUACCCUUAAGCUGCUCGAGAAGUUCCAGGACAAGCUGUUCAUCUACUCCUCCUACACCGAGUAUCCCGACUACUGGUCCUUCUACCACGCCGAGUCGGGCCUGUACGACCCAACCGGCGACACCUCGAUCCUCACCUCGCGCAUGAUCGACGCCAAGGCCGUGUCCAACUACACCGCCGUGCGCGAGACGGUCGAGAUCACCAGUGGCGCUCCGGAAGAAUUCGCCUCCAACGUCAUCCUGCUCGUGUCGGGCGGCCAGGUUUUCAAGGACGGCGCCGACAGCUCCUCCGGCCUGCACCCGGCCUGGCGCACCUCGCCCUUCGUGCUCAUCACGGGCCAGGGCAUCCCCAAGGUCGCGCCUCGCGAGGUCCGCGAGUACGCCACCUACCAGAUCACGCACGUCAAGGGUGCCGCGCUCAAGAAGCUCGCCCCGGAUACGGGCGGCUACAUGAACGAGGGCGACCGCCACGAUCCGGAUUAUAUCCAAACCUUUUACGGCUCCAACUAUCAGAGCCAUCUGGCGGCGAAGAAGAAGUACGAUCCGCAGGGCGUGUUCUACUGUCCCAGCUGUGUCGGCGCCGAGGCGUUUGUUGAGAGGCCUGAUGGGCCGCUGUGCCGGGCGUAA